AUGGAAACUCAAAUCAAUGAAUACAAAAAGAAAGAAAAUCAAUACAAAAAAGAACUUGUAAAAAUCUAUGAAUUACGUUCUAUCACUGAUUUUGAUACAAUUUACAAUUUCCUUAAGCAGCUUUCAGUUCAAGAUGAUAUACCGGAAAUGUCCAUUUCCUGCGCGAUUGGAUUAAGUGAAAAGAGAGAUUCUGAUGAAUAUACACCACUUCUUUGUGCAUGUAUUGAAGGAGAUCUUCACUUAACAAAAUCUCUUAUUGAAGGAGGUUGCGAUAAAAAUGCAGUUGACAAACAUGGAAAUAAUUGUUUACUUUUAGCAUCAUUGUAUGGACAUCUUGAAAUUGUAAAAUAUUUAAUUAGAGUUGGUUUUGACAAGAAUUGGAGUAAGAAAUCUAAUCAAGCUAAUGCAAUUCUUUGUGCAUCACAAGAAGGUCAUCUUGAUAUAGUUAAAUAUUUGAAAAGUAUUGGUUGUGAUGUCAACUCGAAACAAAAUGAUAAUGCUAAUUGUACUUACUUGGCAUCAUUAAAUGGUCAUCUUGAAACUGUUAAAUAUCUUGUUUCAGCUGGGGGAGAUCCAGAUGAGAAAGAUUCUCAGGGAUUUUCUCCAAUAAUUUGUGCAUCAAAAUAUAAUCAUCUUGAUGUGGUCAAAUAUUUGAUUCAAUGUGGAUGCAAUAAAAAUGAUAAAACAAAUCAUAAUGAUUCUUCACUUCAUUUUGCAGCGGGAAAUGGCCAUAUUGAUGUUCUAGAAUAUUUAGUUUCAAUUCGUGUCAAUCUUCGUCAGAAAAACAAUAGAGGAAAAACAGCACUUGAUUUGGCAGAAGAAAAACAAAACGAUGGUAAAAACUACCGAAGUAUUAUCAAUCUUCUAAAUCGAUCAGGUGCUAAGUAA